AUCCUGGUCAAUGGUCGUUGGUGUUAUGGGCCAGUGAAAUAUUGGGCUGAAUAAAACAAGUCCAUCAUGUACCCAUUGGGCCGAAUUAAAAAAAAAAGCCUCAAACGAACCGGGUAGAGAAGCUCCAUUUCGGGUUUCAUUGUUUCGCUCGGAGUCGAAUCAAAUUGUCCAUUCCCAGAAGUUAAUCGUUCUCCUGAGACGCGAAGCAACAAUGGCGGUUUCCACUAUCUCCAUCCCCACAGUAAUUCACCAGCUAUUCCUCUCCUGCGCCUUCCCUUCUUCUUCAUUCUCAUUUCCCGCCUCCGCAGCCACAGUAUCCAUCUCGAAGCCUCACAGCGCACCGUCUCCCGCCAUUUCCCGAGCUUCCUCUUCGCCAUCCUCCUCGUCUUCGUCGUCUCGAAGCAAGAGCAAGACGUCGACGGCGAAGAAGAAGAAGAAAGGCAAGAGCGGAGGUGGCGGGCAUGACGACUGGAAGGAUUUGGGCUUGAGCGAGGUUGAAGUCGUUAAACCUCGCGGCGGAGGCCGGGAUUAUGACGAUGGCGAUGAUUUUGAUGAUUACGACGAAGGUGCCUCGACUUCCAAUUCGAGGUAUAAUGCUUCACCGACUACUCCAUUGCCGAAUCCUCCCGCUGGCUUUUUCGUAUCUGAGUCCGGCAAUGUUUCCAUGACUUCCGGCAACCGGAUUGCCACCAUUGUUGAUGCUACGAAUAAUAAUCCAUUAGAGUGUGUUAUAAGGAGGGUGUUUAGAAGUUCAAGAGGGGAUGAAUGCAUGCUCCUAUGCCCGGUUGAUACGCCAGUUCAGAUUUUGAAGAGCACGAAUAUUGAGGGGUGGUCUGCGGUCAGUGAUGAUGAAGUGGAGGCUAUACUUCCUGCUGCAGCAUAUGCUUUGGCAAAGAUCCACAUGCAUCUAGUCCAUAGCGGAUUCUGUUACACGGCAAGGGGAGGAUUUUGCUACUCGGAAGAUGACAUAUUUGAUUUCCGCACAGAUGACGGAGAAACUGUCGAUGGCUUACCAACAGAGGGUGUUGAAAUCACAUACUUCCAUCUGGAUGUUGCACAUUACAUGAUAUAUACUCCAUCAGAUCCACUUCUUUUUGUCGCCAUUAAGGAUCAAGAUGGAGUGCUGCAAAUAGCUGAUGAUGAUCUUUUGGAGGACCCAGCUAUCGUAAGCGCGAUUGAUGAGGAGACUGAAUUUAAUGCGCUGGUGGAGGAAGAAGCUGCUCUUAUGGAAUCUUUGAUGGGCAAAAGUUUAUUACAAAAGUUGCAAACACCAUCAACAUGUAAGCAUGCUACUCUUUUACUGAAUUCUCGUCCCGAGUAAUUGCGUGAAUGCGGCCUGCUUCAAACUUGAAACUGUCUUGGUGGGGUUUCUUAAGGGUAGUGAUGAAUGAUGAUAGACCAAGACAGUAAGAAUCACAGAAAGCCUAAAUUGCAUCAAUCAUUUCCUUCAUCUAUUGUAAAUGAUAAAGCUUCUUAGCCUGUAAUAUUUGACUGAUUUGUCCUGACCAAUCAGGUCUACAAAGAAUAUGAAGUAUUUGCAAUAUACUAAUUUUCCUUGAUUGCAUCAAGCUAACAAUAAUAACUCUAUCACUAGUACCUAAAGCAUAAGCAAUGUAUAUUAAACCAAUAAGGGGGAAAAAUCAUC